AUGCUAAUUCAGAGGCUCAAAGAGAUUUGCUUCUGGACUCAGUCUAAACUUGAUGCUUGGGAUACUUUAGACAAUCUAGGAAACUAUGACAAAGCGGACCUGUACUACUGGCCCAAUGAAGGAGGGGAUAGAUACCAAGGAUAUGAUUAUUGA